AUGGACCAGACGGGGCAGCUCCUCGUCGCGGCCAACCACAUAUACGCCAGAGCGAACGAGACGAGCACCGACCCCGCGACACAAACCCGACCACCCGCCUAUAAGGCUAUCGGUAUAUCAUUGGCGAUUGCAUCUGGUUGCUUCAUCGGAGUAUCAUUUGUGUUAAAGAAAGUUGGAUUGCUCAAAGCAAACGAAAAAUACAAUGAGGUCGCUGGCGAGGGUUAUGGCUACCUUAAGAACGCCUUCUGGUGGGGUGGAAUGACUUUAAUGAUUAUCGGCGAGCUAUGCAACUUCGCUGCCUACGCCUUCACGGACGCCAUCUUGGUAACGUCCCUGGGAGCUUUAUCCGUCGUUAUCACAGCUGUUCUCUCAGCCAUAUUCCUAAAAGAGAGAUUGAGCAUGGUCGGCAAGGUUGCAUGCUUUCUCUGCAUAGUUGGAUCCGUGAUUAUCGUCUUAAAUGCCCCCGAGGAAUCUUCUGUAGCGACUAUCCAGGAGUUACAGAAAUUCGUCGUUACGCCGGGUUUUCUAAGUUACAUCGGUGUUAUUAUAGUCGGUUCUGCUUUCGUUGCGCUCUGGGUUGCGCCGCGAUACGGCAAGAAAAAUAUGUUUCCGUAUAUCUCGGUCUGUAGUUGGAUCGGAGGGUUGAGUGUCGUCGCUACCCAGGGUCUUGGUGCUGCUAUUGUUGCGCAGGCCGGCGGCACUCCCCAGUUUAACCAGUGGUUUCUAUACAUUGUUCUAGUCUUCGUGAUAGCGACACUACUGACGGAGAUUAUUUAUUUAAAUAAAGCACUCAAUUUAUUUAAUGCAGCUAUGGUUACUCCGACUUAUUAUGUCUAUUUCACAAGUACGACUAUGAUUACUUCGGCGGUCCUCUUCCAAGGGUUCAAGGGUACCGCGAUGCAAAUUGUUACGGUGGUCAUGGGAUUUCUUACUAUUUGCGCUGGUGUUGUUCUGCUGCAAUUGUCAAAGUCCGCCAAAGAUGUGCCAGAUGCUGCCGUUUUCGCUGGGGACUUGGACCAAAUCCACACGAUUGCCGAGCAAGAGCAGCCCGAAACCGAACCCAAAGCUGACGCCAUUCGUGGAACCGCCGCCAUUGUACGGCGUAUUUCUCUUGCUCGACAGAAGAUGGAGGAAGAGGAAUUCCGGCGACUUCGCGAAGAAAAGGAAUUAGAACGUCUCGCGCCAGUCAGCGAAGAUGGCCAACAAUUAUACGAGUGGGAUGGAUUAAGACGGAGAAGGACUGGACUUGGAAGUUAUAGGAGUCGUGCGACAACAUCACCAAGUAUCGUCAACACGCCAGCCCAUCCGCCUUUGGGCAGAUCAAGAUUUUUUACCGAGGAAGAGUUAGCCGAAGAGCGUAGUCGUCAGAUGUCACCGGGUAUGCUAUCAAGCAUAGCCGGUACUAUCCGAAGUCGGGCGAGGAGCGUUUUGCUACCAGGACAUCCCGACUUUUCCCAGGACGCUCACGAUCCUAGAAUCCAAAGUCCGAUGCACCCGGUACAGUUGACUGAUAUCGCUGUUCCGGGUCAGAAAUACGCAAACGAAGCUAGUCCAUAUAGCACUAGCCACGGCCAUAUUUACGGUCUCCCGAAUAGCCUGCGCAGGACCGAAUACGAAGGUGCUGCUAGUAUAGCAUCUGGCAGCACUGGGCGUCAUAUCCAGUUUACGGAAACGCCGAAGCCAAAUGUCAGCGUAUCUUCUCUGGCACCGCCGACACCGCCGCCUCACGGGGAGGUCCCUGUAGCACGUCGGCAGUUCUCGUUCCAAAAUGUAUUCCGUCGGCAUCAAGCUGACAGUAUACAGGAGCAAGCGCUGCCGUCGCCGAGGAACUCGUCGUCGCGCCACGGGAUAGGAUCGCGGGGUUUCUCAGAACGACAGGUAAAGGCGAAGGAUGCAAGUGAGGAAGAAAUAUUAGGCCUCGUUAAGGGUGAUUCACACACGAUGCCCACGAUACCUCGGUAUGACGGGGAUGAUUACGACGAUGAGGAAGAAAGUGAAGACGAUUCAUAUUCGGACGAUAAGAGAGCGGAGCGAUAUGGUAGGGGCAUAACCAACAGUCCGCCGAGGAGGGGAAGCGACGAUAAAGAAAUCGAGGACGAAGAUUACGAGACGAAGAGGUGGAAUAGGGUUCGUAGCGAUAGCGAAGAUACGGCAUACCGCAAUUCACCACCUCGACCACCAGGGCAUAAUCCACCUCGGGGUAGAGAUGGUGCCUUCAUCUAA